AUGGGCAGACACACAGUGCAAAAGUCUGCAGGGGUUCUUGAGCUAGAUGUCGUCUCAGCAUUAUCAGCGCAGAUUGCUACACUGGCCAAUCAAGUCAACCAGAUGAACUUGAAUAUCAACAAGCAACAAAUACAACUGGGCACUCAGAAUCAAGACAGACCUCAAGCACCUCAACAGCAAUAUAGACCACCUCAGGUUGAACAACAAGCGAGUCCUACAAGUCACCUUGAAGACAUGUUAAAGAAAGUGAUAGCUGAACAGCAAGCUCUCUCUCAGAAGGUGAUGGCUGAACAGCAAGCUCUCUCUCAGAAGGUGAUGGCUGAACAACAAGCCCUCGCCACAAUAGUAAGAAAUUUGGAGCGUCAAAUAGGACAGCUUGCUAGUGCUCAAAACACCAGACCAGCUGGAGCUCUUCCAAGUGACACUGAAGCAAAUCCUAGGGCGGCUUUUAAUGCCGUGUCGUUGAGGAAUGGGAGACAACUAGAAGAAGUUCAGUCUAAAAAGAGGAAACAGGUGACUUUUAAUGAGAGGCCAGCCAUUGCAGAAUCAACAUCAGAGCCAGCCAAGGAGCCAGAGAAGCCAGCUGGAGAGGCGGUGGUUGAGCAAUCCCCACAAUUGGUUGCAAGGCCACCACCUCCAUUCCCUCAAAGACUGCAGAAAUUACGAGAUAAUGCCACAUAUAAAAAGUUUCUUGAUAUCUUGAAGCAGGUACAAAUUAAUAUUCCAUUGGUUGACAUCUUACAAGAAGUACCCAAAUAUGCAAAGUACAUCAAGGACAUUGUGGCGAAUAAGAGGAGGCUGACCGAGUUCGAGACUGUGGCACUCACUGAGGAGUGCAGUUCCAGAAUUAAAGGCAAGUUACCUCAAAAAUUGAAGGAUCCAGGUAGUUUCACUAUCCAAAUCACGAUUGGUAAACAUGCUGUUGGGCGAGCUCUAUGUGACCUUGGAGUAAGCAUCAAUUUGAUGCCGCUAUCUAUAUUCAGACAGUUGGGGUUGGGUGAACCACGCCCAACAACAGUUAUCUUACAGUUAGCUGACCGCUCCCUUGCUCAUCCUGAGGGAGUCAUUGAAGAUGUGCUAGUGCAAGUGGGGUCUUUUAUAUUCCCAGCUGAUUUCAUCAUCCUGGAUUAUGAGCCUGAUCAGGAAGUCCCAUUUAUUUUGGGGCGUCCAUUCUUAGCCACGGGCCGAGCUAUUAUUGAUGUUUGUGAAGGAAAGAUGACGAUGAGAGUGGGUGAUCGAGUGGAGGUCUUCAACGUUUAUAGAGCACUCAAGUUACCAGCCCACUAUGAAGAAUUGUCCAUGAUCUCUGUGGUAGAAGGUGAUGCCACGUCGUUAGUACCUUAUGAGCCCUGCAGAUCCUGUUGA